AUGUUUCAUCAACAUGUUCUCACCACCAAUCGAUCCUCCUGCUAUGCAGCACUUGGCAUGCCAUCGUCAGUGUACAAGUUUCUCAUUAAGCAAUGUCAUACUGAAACAUCUCUAGAUGACGCCCCUCCUGACAAAUACCACACCUGCAUCAACAGCCACCAUGCAGUCUACUCCGAGAACAAUCUACCACUCCUCUUCCGCCUGGAGGCCCCCCGCUUCGAGGAUCUCCCUCCACUCAGUAACCUCAUCGAGAACGACCAAGUCGUCAAAGACCACGACGGCCGCCCCAUCCGCGCCUUUCCCUUCCUACCAAGAUACAUCUCCAUCCGCCCCGCAGCCUGGCUCCUCGAAUACUGGAUGCGUACCGACCCACGCCUCACUUACCGCGACAUCAAGGCGAGGAUGGUCGUCCCUGCAGCCCAGCGCCCGCGCGAGAACACCAUCAACAUGCACCGAGAACGCCAAUGCAGGAAUCCACUCGCGCUGUCCUGCUGGACGAGUCACCGCCACGCCGUGGGGAAAGUCGAGGUUGAGCGUGUUGCGCGCUGGUCGCUGGACCAGAUUAGGUAUAACACGACUAUGGACAUCGAGUACGGGAGGGACCCGGGCUCUGGCGACCAGCGGACUGCGGUGCGACUGCGCUCCAGGACUCUGGCUGGCGGCGCGCCGGCGUACUACCCUCUGGAUUCGUUUCUGGAUGGUGGGGACGUCCAUGUGCCCAGUCAGCGGAUCGGCGAGGCGUUGAGUCUCUUCUGGCAGUUGUCGGAGAGGGCUUCGCGGCUCCGGCUCGGGAGUUGGAGGCUGCUUCCGGAUGAGGAGCUCCCCGAAGCGUGGCGGCGGGGGACGCAGCGUGGGAAUAUGGGCCAUGAGAGGGAUUUGGAGGUUGUUUCAAGGCGGUCUGAGAUUGUCGAGCAAUAG